UAUUCAUUCUAAUUAAUGUGCUAAGCGAAAUUCGUUAAGUGAUAAAUGUGAUCUUCUUGCAUAGCAAUGAGUUAUUUACUUAUUGAUGAUUCUUGUGAUAUUUAAAAUGUCUCAUCUUGAAUGUGAAAGAUAAGUAACUUACUAAUGAUUUUUCUUUUGGCUCUCGUACAAAGCAUCAGACAAAGUCAAGAUACUGUUUCCAUAUUGCAACGUACAUAACAUGAACGUGUUCACAUAAUGAAUAACAGACAUUUGGUGCUGUAUUCUCUUUGAGUGCCAUCAAGAAGCCCGCCUUUCUCCAUCUCACCCAUUUAGAACGUUACUUCCUGAAUACUUUGUUUUAAGUCUCUCUUCUCCUAAUUUGGUAAAAUAUCUAAACAUUUUUCACGUGUAUCUGCUAUUUGAGUUACUAUUUCCACUCAAUGAACUGUAUAUCGUGAAAAUCGAUUUUUUAAAGAGCAAUUACUCUUUCUGACAAAUUUUGUUAAAUAGCACAUCUAUUUGCCGGCUGAAAUUGGUUUACUUUCAUAUGAUUAAACCUACCUUUACCUCCUGCUGAAUAGUAUACUUUUUUGGGCUCCUUCUUUACUAUUGUAUCAUAUCUUCAUAUUAGUGAAAUUUCAUUUUUGCUUUCGCAUAUCUUUCUUAAAUUAUACUUAUGGACUUCUACAGCUUACUACCUCCUCGACAAGGACUUACAGCAGAUAACCUAACGGAACGAUAUUGCCAUUUUUGUUUAUGCUGCAAUCCAUGGUACACGGGUACUGACACACAGGAAUUAGCUAACGCUUUCAAUUCCAUACCAAAGGCUGAUGGAAAUGUAUUUGACCCAUGGCUUUUAUUCCUACUUGUUAGGCAGUUUCAUCACGGUAUCAUAAACUCAUGGGCUUCUCUCGUCGCAUUGAUGGGUGUUGAACGUAAAGAGGAGCAAUCUGCACAAAAGAUUCAGCAGUACGCUGUCCGUUUGAAACGUUGGAUGCGAACAAUGCAUGUUGAUGCUUAUUUUGAUUACCUGUUAAAUAAGCCCAACGACUAUUAUAUGUCGAUCCCAUCCCAUGAGCCGGAGGUUCGAGACGGUGUUAGCGUCAAAGAUGAUCAUGUUAUUAAAUCGCUCCGGUCAGGGCUCGUCCGUGGUCGUCAGCUUAAUGUUGACACCACUUCAGAACAUUGCACUAACGUCAGUGAGGAAGAUUGGGUACAAGGCGAUUCGACUAACGUUUCAUCUGACAAGACGAAUGAUAUAUUGGGCUCCUCCAGUUCCAAUCUUCAUUUAUCACGGCACCUUAGUCAAGCAAAUGAUCUUCAUAUAUCACAGAGACUUUCGGAUGUGAGUAGCACUCCAACCAUACAAACAACCUCGUCUCCUCCUCACCAAUUACAAGGAGCCCAGUCACUAAAGUCUGUCUCAGACAAUAACCAUUUUACAGCUGCAGCAAUAGCAUCGCUUAGUCAGGCCUCGCAAAACGUGAGCCCUAAGGAUAGCUUUAUGCAUGCUGCGAAGACUGGAUUAUCCGAUCAUUGGAACCAGUGGAAAGAAGGCAGUGAGUCACCAAAACGCACAGAUCCUUCCCAAAACUGGCCUUCUUCGUCUCCUUCGUUAGCCGUCGACACAAAUGAGUCAACAGUUGUACGACGUCGUCGUGGCCGGCCACCUGGUGCACGAAAUAAGAUUCGUCGCAUUCUGACAGAGCCUCUUUCAUCACCAAAUACCAAUCCAUCACGCCCUGAGAAGUUUGAAAAACUAGUGCACGCACAAAAUACCAUGCUACGAGCGGCAUUCUCACAUGCCACACGGUUACCGAUGGAGACCGUUGAUGAUUUGUUUAGCACUUUUUCAACUACCCUUUCUUCUUAUCUUCCAUCAGACGACCCUUCCACAAAACAAAGACCAUGUUAAACUCAUGUCUAAGACACUUUUAAGUUUGGUAUCAUCACAGAUGGAGGUAUUAGAGGCCGACCGAGACCAUCUCGUUUGGUCCGUAAGACAGGGACCACUCUCAGCAGUCAUAUGCCAUUCCUUCGACUCUUCCAAAAGCCGACCUUUAUCAUCUUUAGUUGUAUCAACACCUCAACCGGAUGUCACUUCAAGCCAACCAACUAGACGUCCAUCUGGUAUGGAUUCUCUUGUAUCUGUGGAUGCGUUGCAAAUGAAAAUUGCCGAACUCGAUACCGCACUUCACAAGAAAACCGUAGAAUUAGAAACACUGAAGCGAAGAAUUAUGGAUGCCGUUUUUGAAUAAAUAGGUCAUGUUCUUUUCAGUUUCAUUUUUUUGUCUUGUUUCAAUAGUUUAUAUCACAAGUGCAUACAGCUAUUUGCAAUUACAUGAUAGUAUAUUUGGAUAUUCUUAAAUUACUUGAUUAGUAAAGUGAAAUUUCCUUUUCUCAUUAAGUAAAUAAAAACUUUCCGUCA